GGCUGCGGUGCCCGGGCGCGCCCGCCCCGCUGACGUCAGGGCAGCUCCGGGAUCGCGCCUUAAAGGGCCCGGCCCGGUGGGGCUGAGGCCGGAGCGAUGCUCAUCGCACCUCCUGAGAGGCUGCCCCGGCAGCUCCCGCGGCCCGGCUCGUUACUGCCUGUUUGGGGUAGCAGGGACUCGGUUGGCCUUAGCGGUAACGUGGGCUGCUGAUGAGCUAAAUGAGCUGCUCGCCUGCCUGGGUGCUUCCAGGAGGAGAGGGAGAGCCCCCAGCCUGGGCUUGUCUCCGGAGGGUCCCAGCGUUGGAGGCUCCUGCCCGGGAUGCCCGCUCACGGGCAUCUCUGCCAUGCCACUGAACCUACUCCAUCACCCGCUCCCACCCCCGCUAGAGCUUGAACCAUUGAGCCGGGAGCGCAGCCCUGGCCCCCCUUUCCCCCUCGCUUUAAGCCGUCUUUUCCUGGAAGCGGCCCGGCGAGCGGCCGGCCGCCUCAUUUAGCUCGUUACUGGCCAUCGGGAUGCGCACAAAGCAGAUGUUGCUCCUGCAGAUUAAAAAGCUCUCAGCGCGGCCGCCCUCGUUCCCGCUAAUGCCUUCCCAGAAGUCCUGGCCCGCGGCUGCAAACAGGCCCUAAUGAGCUGUGCUGAGGGCUCCGUGCGGGGGCUGGUGUCCCCAGGGCGGAGGAAUGGAGGAGCUGGGGCUGGAUGGGACACUCGGCACCCACCUGAGCCGUGGGAAUGGAAAGGGCUGCCAAACUUGUCUCUCACCCAAGAUGAGUCUGUCCAGGCAUGUGGGGUGCAGGAGGCAUCCAGGUGCUGUAGCAGGGGAUCCCGACUGGGUGUUGUGCAUUGGGGGACCUAGAUGGGUGAUAAGUGUUUCCAGCAGCCACUUGCAGCUGCAGAAAAUAACCCAUGAGCUCCUCACUGAUCCUGUGCCUGCUCAGCCUGUCCCUCAAAUGCAGCAGGAAUCAGAUCAUGCUGGGACAGGGGAUGUAGGAGCAGAGGAAGCCUGCAAAGAGCCCCAGAGGUGCUGCUCCAGGCAGGAGCAGUGGCUCAAGCUCUGCUGGGGACCUGCAGGCCUCGGGGCUCCUCCUGGUCUAGGAACAGUCUGGUGAGGGCAGAUCCUGGGCUGUCAGCUUCCCUGCUGGGUGUGUCAGAGCAUGCUGAUCUCUCCCUGUUAUCUCUUAUUCCCCCGAUUCCUUGCAGGGCUGAAGCCACUCAAGGCCACAAGUGUUCCCCAAAGGAGCCUGGCUCUGGGGCAUGCAGGUUUUCCAAAUGAGACAUGAGUAAGAUGCAGUUAGCACAGGUGGAAGCCUGGAGAAUCUGCAGAUGGUAUGUGGUCAGGAGCUGGAGGACUUCUGGAGGCUCUGCACAAGGAGUGGAUGCUUACCAGGAGAUACAGAUAGGCAACAUUCCCUUUGAAAACUAGUCAGAUUUGGCAUGGUUUUGAUGGGGAGUCUGUAGCCCUGUUAUUUCUGUAGUUGGGAACUAGGAGAUGUCCUCAGGCUGCAGCUUUGGUGCUGGAAAAGGAAUUGGGCUGGGAAGGGAAUCGGGCUGCAAGGACAGUGGGGAUCACUUCCAAAAAACCUGUGAGUUUGGAGCUAACAGGAAUCUGUUCCUUUCUGCAGCUGUGCAAGGCACAAAGCAGGAGUCCCCCCUCCCAUACAUCACCCCACUGGCUGCCUCUCUAUCCAGACAAAGCCCGUUUUCCAGAGACUCCCACCUAUGUGGUAGUUAGUGAAGUCAUGUGGCUGCAGCACUUAAUUAAUAAAAAGCUGAUAUAAAUCCCAGUAAACAUGUGGGGAGGAGGACACUGAGACAGAGAGCGGUAGUGGCACUUCCAGCGAGCUCAGCGGAGCAGUGGACAGCAAUCCCCCACUCUGCUUGGAGAGGUCACCUCCCCCAGGACCAUGCUGAACGUGCUGCUGCUGUGCUGUGGGCUGCUGCAGGGGAUCCAGGCUGUCCUGGAUCUCAGGACUGCUGACCUCAGCUGUGGCCACCCGCAGAAGGCAAGCGGCGGGCUGGAGGGGGUGGACAGAGCCCGCCACACCAGCCUGCAGAGGAAAGCCAAGGAGGUGUCUGCAGAGCCGGCAGGAGCUCUCCCAAGGCUGGGGUUUGAGCAGAUGGCCCUGGGGGUCCAAGAAGCUGAUGGUGACCUUGUGCAGAGAGGCAGCCUGCUGGAACCACAGGUAUCAUCCACAGACCUGCAGGCUGAGGGCCGUGAGGAGCGCUCCCCCCGCCGCUGCGUCCGUCUCCUGGAGUCAUGCCUCGGCCACCAGAUCCCCUGCUGUGACCCCUGUGCCACCUGCUACUGCCGCUUCUUCAACGCCUUUUGCUACUGCAGGAAAAUCAGCACCAACUUCCCCUGCGGCAAGAACUAGCGCCUGUGGGGCUGCCAGCUCCUCGCCCCUGUGUGUGCCUCCUUCUCUGUAGCUCCAAUAAACCAGCCCUUUGCAA